UUUGGGAAAUUUGAGAAAAAAUAAAAAGGAAAAAACAAAUACCUAGGACUCUCUUCACUCUGGGGAGCCUCCUCUUUCCUAGUCGUCUCCUCUCGUUCUCUGCAGUUCUCGUGAACCGCCAUGGCAGCUUCAAGCAAUUUCAGUUCUAUCUCACGCUCUGGUGAAAAACCCUAUUCUCUGUCUGUCAACCCUUCUAAGGCCCCUGUCUGUUUUAGUCCUAAAACCCUUCAAAAACCAUCCUUUGUUCACAGACCCUCAUCCUGUCAGCCCCUUUCUCAAGCCCACAAACCCGCUGUGGUUUUAUCCUCGAAAAAUCCCAUUGCCGGUGUUGUAUCUGCAGGUAACGCUGACCCAGAUAGCGGUUUUGUUCUGUCCGAUCACGACGAGAAGCCCCGGGAAGAAUGCGGGGUCGUCGGUAUCUAUGGCGACCCCGAAGCCUCCAGGCUCUGUUAUCUCGCUCUCCACGCCCUCCAGCAUCGCGGCCAGGAAGGCGCCGGGAUUGUCACCGUCAACAACAACGUUCUUCAGUCGAUUACCGGCGUUGGACUCGUCUCGGAUGUGUUCAACCAGUCUAAACUGGAGCAGUUGCCUGGAGACUCUGCUAUAGGGCAUGUGCGUUACUCGACUGCUGGUUCCUCCAUGCUCAAGAACGUCCAGCCCUUUGUUGCCGGGUACCGAUUCGGGUCGGUUGGGGUUGCCCACAACGGUAAUUUGGUGAAUUAUCGGGCGCUUCGGGCGAAGCUGGAAGAUAGCGGGUCGAUUUUUAAUACUAGUUCUGAUACCGAGGUGGUUCUCCACCUUAUUGCGAUUUCAAAGGCCAGGCCUUUCUUUUUGAGGAUUGUUGAUGCUUGUGAGCAGCUUCAGGGGGCAUAUUCUAUGGUGUUUUUGACCGAGGACAAGCUGGUUGCUGUGCGAGACCCCUAUGGGUUUAGGCCAUUGGUCAUGGGGAGGAGGAGUAAUGGCGCUGUGGUGUUUGCCUCAGAGACUUGUGCCCUUGACUUGAUCGAAGCUACAUAUGAGAGGGAAGUGUAUCCAGGCGAAGUGUUAGUGGUGGAUAAAGAUGGGGUUCAGUCCCUUUGUUUGAUGCCCCACCCUGAACCGAAGAAAUGUAUAUUUGAGCAUAUCUACUUCUCCAUGCCCAAUUCGGUUGUUUUUGGUAAGUCGGUUUAUGAAUCUCGGCGGGCAUUCGGGGAAAUUCUUGCCACAGAAGCUCCGGUUGAUUGCGAUGUUGUGAUAGCAGUGCCGGAUUCAGGGGUGGUGGCUGCAUUAGGUUUUGCAGCCAAAGCAGGGGUGGCCUUUCAGCAGGGGCUGAUAAGGUCACACUAUGUUGGAAGGACUUUCAUUGAGCCAUCACAAAAGAUUAGGGACUUUGGAGUGAAGCUCAAACUCUCUCCGGUCCGAGCCGUAUUGGAAGGGAAGAGGGUUGUGGUGGUGGAUGACUCAAUUGUGAGGGGCACCACUUCUUCGAAAAUUGUUAGGUUGAUUAAGGAGUCAGGGGCUAAAGAAGUUCAUAUGAGGAUUGCGAGCCCCCCAAUUAUUGCAUCUUGUUAUUAUGGAGUGGACACACCGAGUCCAGAGGAAUUGAUAUCCAAUAGGAUGAGUGUGGAGGAGAUCAGGGAGUUUAUCGGAUGUGAUUCGCUUGCUUUUCUGCCAAUCAACAGCAUGAAGAAGUUGUAUGAUGAGGAAGCUCCAAAUUAUUGUUAUGCUUGUUUCACUGGAAACUACCCAGUGCUACCUACAGAGCUUAAAGUGAAAAGGGUUGGUGAUUUUGUGGAUGAUGGGUUGAAUGGUAGUAUAGAAUCCAUUGAUGGGGGUUGGGUUCAAGCAUCUAGGAAUCAGGUGGCUCAGAAGGUGGCUAGCAGUUCCUGAUAGUUGCCUCUUCUUGGUGGAUGUAUUGUUUGCCAUGCCUUCAUUUCGCUAUAUAAAUGCUUUUUGUGAUGGAAAAAGCAGGAUUUUGGGGUAUUUGUAUGUGAUCGGCGGGUGAGAGUUGUCUGCAAUGCUCUUGAGUACAAUAUUUGUGGGCUUAUUUGGAGAAAUGGGUUCCAAAUUUUAAAAUUUAUACAAUCUCUGUCUACUCUAAUGUUUUUGCUUAAUUGAAUAUGAUAUUCAUUUAGGCUUA